AUGAUGAUGGGAUGGACCAACCCUCUUGAUGCAGUUGGGGUGCGUUGAGGAGGGUAUAAAUCCUCAUCCCUGUUUUCCCUCUCACACCCUGCUGCUCGUCAUCUUGGUGGAAGAAUGGCUCCUAAAAAAGCUGAACCAAAGAAGGAGGCAACAAAGCCAGCACCCCCUCCUGAACCAGAGAAACCCAAGGAGCCUCAGUUUGACCCAAAAAGCAUCAAGGUUGAAUUUACAGCUGACCAGAUUGAAGAAUUUAAAGAGGCCUUCAUGCUAUUCGACAGAACACCUACUGGUGAAAUGAAGAUCACUUACGCCCAGUGUGGGGAUGUCAUGAGGGCGCUGGGUCAGAAUCCUACAAAUGCUGAGGUCAUCAAAGUACUUGGCAAACCCAAACCUGAGGAAAUGAACACCAAACUGAUUGACUUCGAGACUUUCCUGCCUAUGUUCCAACAUGUGUCCAGGUCCAAAGAUCAGGGCACGUUUGAGGACUUUGUAGAGGGUCUACGAGUCUUUGACAAGGAAGGAAAUGGCACUGUAAUGGGUGCCGAACUUCGCCAUGUACUUGCAACGUUGGGUGAGAAGAUGACGGAAUCAGAGGUAGAACAUCUGAUGGCAGGACAGGAAGAUGCAAACGGCUGUGUCAACUAUGAAGCAUUUGUCAAACACAUCAUGGCUGGGUAAACAAAUAAGGCACAAAUGUGACUGUCCUCUGCAGUUAUCAGCAGUCCUUCAGCCCAGCUCUCCGCUCUCUAAUGCCCUUGACUAAUUUAGUCUUUGCAUUUUUUUUUUUUUACUUAUGUUGCAUGGUUUCUGGUCUGGAAAAGCACAUUUUAGAUACUCCUGAUUUGAUUCUUGAUCAUCUGGUAAAUGAAGUAGUUUUGAAGUAAUUAAACUCACAGCUUCAUUGACUAGCAAUGCUGCACAGAUGGAGGCAAUUCACACACACUCUCUCUUGAUCAAUAAGCUAAUUUAUUCAAAUAAAUGUUAUAACUCAAUCAAAUAUGUAACCUUAUCACAGUACUUUAUUUAAAACAGUCUGAUUUAAAACAGAACAGAAUGCUAGAAUGAAUAUAUAUACCCUCCUGUUCACUCCCGUUCUAAAAGAAUUUUUUUUUUUUCAGCAAAGAUGUAUUGAUCAAAAGUGACAGUAAAGACUUUAACAU